UAAUUUUUAAAUCAAUUACAGGACUCAAUGAGAAUAGCUUUUUUUAACCUGGGCACAGUGAUUCAUGCUUAUACUAACACUCAGGAGGCUGAGGCAAGUGGAUCUCUGUGAGUUCGAGUCCAGCCUGGUCUACAUAGUAAGUUCCAGGACAUCUAGGGAUACAUAGUGAGACCCUGUCUUGAAAACAACAACAGAAUAGUUUUCUUUCUCAUAAAAAGUAUCAGUUUUGGGGUUGAGAAUUUAGCUCAGUGGUAGAGCGCUUGCCUAGCAAGCACAAGGCACUGGGUUCGGUCCCCAGCUCCAAAAAAAAAAAAAGAAAAGAAAAGAAAAGAAAACGUAUCAGUUUUUCUGGACACAUACCUCAAUGCGAGAGUGCUUAUACAGCUAAGCUUAGCAAGUCUAGUAACACUGGCUUAGAUAUCCACCAACCUCUCCCUGAUUGCAGGUCGACUUGGCUUCCUAACAGAUGAUUAUUUGCUAAAACUAUAUCUGGGCGUGUAGACACGAAUGGAGACAUUGUAAAACCUCUUUGCUGUUUAUUUGCAGCCGGUGAGAGAUCCAUCUGGGCUCUCCAAACAAAACAAAACCUUGGCAGGUUGUUCCCAACCCACAAAAGAACAAUAGGAACGAUUCUGACAAGCUCACUGGGUCCUGUUUAAAAGCCCAGGCAGCUGCUGACCCUCCGUACAUCUCUCUCUGCGCAGAGAGAAAAUGCUCUUGCAGAGACCGUCCUGGCUCUGGCUGUACCUUAGAAUCAGUGUCGUUUUGGGUGUCCUUCUGGGACGUGAACCCAGCAUCCCUGAGCAGCAUGGGAAAAACAGCUGCUAUCAGCUUAACAGACUUUACUGCAGCUUCCACGAAGCAGAGAUGUACUGCCACGCCCAGAGAGGACACCUAGCCAACACUUGGAACCCAAAGCUACAGGACUUCCUACAGAACUCUCCCCAAAAGGAAACAGUGUGGUGGGUUGGGAUAAACCUAAAGCUGCCAAGAAAGCAGCCAGGGAUAACCCAGACAGGUAGGGCUCUGGUGUUGAGAGCCGCUGCCAAAAAGCCAGACGAGUGCACUUCCGUGGUCAAGCGCUCUAACGCUUUCUUCCCGAGAUGGGACCAGUGCUUAAAGAAGCAUCAUUUCAUCUGCCAGGCUGUCGCAGUCCCCCCUCAAGGUGCCAACAUUUGGAGAAACGAGCUUGAUCCUUGGAAACCCAUGAAAAAAAGAGGAGCUGAGUUAGAGAGACACAUGAUCCCAGGCGAUGGUCCCCCGUUAUCCAUGUGCCACCCACCCGCCCCUCCUGAGCUGUCUGAGAUACUGUGCUUCCCCAUCGACCCAGUUUCUUCAGUACUUCCAAAAGCCACACACAAGAUGACAAUAACAUCCCCAACCAGAAGCUCACAGGUGACAUCAGUAGUAACUGCAUCCAGCAGCCCACCACAGGUGACAUCAGACACACCUGCAUCCAGCAGCAGUCCACCACAGGUGACAUCAGACACACCUGCAUCCAGCAGCAGUCCACCACAGGUGACAUCGGACACACCUUCAUCCAGCAGCAGUCCACCACAGGUGACAUCAGACACACCUGCAUCCAGCAGUCUACCACAGGUGACAUCAGACACACCUGCAUCCAGCAGCCCACCACAGGUGACAUCAGACACACCUGCAUCCAGCAGCCCACCACAAGUGACAUCAGACACACCUGCAUCCAGCAGCCCACCACAGGUGACAUCGGACACACCUGCAUCCAGCAGCCCACCACAGGUGACAUCGGACACAUCUGCAUCCAGCAGCCCACCACAGGUGACAUCGGACACACCUGCAUCCAGCAGCCCACCACAGGUGACAUCGGACACACCUGCAUCCAGCAUCACACCACAGGUGACAACAGACACACCUGUAUCCAGCAGCCCACCACAGGUGACAUCAGACACACCUGCAUCCAGCAGCCCACCACAGGUGACAUCGGACACACCUGCAUCCAGCAGCCCACUACAGGUGACAUCAGACACAACUGCAUCCAGCAGCCCACCACAGGUGACAUCAGAUACACCUGCAUCCAGCAGUAGUCCACUACAGGUGACAUCAGACACACCUGCAUCCAGCAUCACACCACAGGUGACAUCGGACACACCUGUAUCCAGCAGCCCACCACAGGUGACAUCAGACACACCUGCAUCCAGCAGCAGUCCACCACAGGUGACAUCGGACACACCUGCAUCCAGCAGCAGUCCACCACAGGUGACAUCGGACACACCUUCAUCCAGCAGCAGUCCACCACAGGUGACAUCAGACACACCUGCAUCCAGCAGUCUACCACAGGUGACAUCAGAUACACCUGCAUCCAGCAGCCCACCACAGGUGACAUCAGACACACCUGCAUCCAGCAGCCCACCACAGGUGACAUCAGACACACCUGCAUCCAGCAGUAGUCCACUACAGGUGACAUCAGACACACCAGUACCAAACAGCCCACCAUGGCCAGUGAUAACAGAGGUCACCAGGCUUGAAUCCACAAUACCUACAGGAAGAUCUUUGGCAGACAUCACUUUAAAUGCAAAGGAAGACUCCCCCCCAGGAGUCAUCUCCACCCAUCCACAGAUGUCAUUUCAGAGUUCAACCAAUCAGGUCAUAGAGGAGACAGCAGGGAAGCUGAUCCUAGCAAAUCCUGCUUCUCAAGCUCACAGUGAAUUUCAGAAAGCUUGCAGCAUCCUCCAGAGGCUGAGAGACUUCCUGCCAACAUCUUCCACAUCAGCUCAGAGGAACAACAGUUGGAGCUCCCACACUCCGGCAGUCAGCUGCCCCUUCCAGCCUCUUGGAAGUCUACUAACAACCAAGAAAAACAGUCAUCAGAUGGCCCAGCAAGAUACUGAGCAGCGCCCCAUAGACGAAGCUUACACCGCAUUUGGGAUCAACUCAGAGGGACCAACAUUUACAAGUGAUGUUCGGCUACAGAGUGAGUUUGAGGUUGAAGACAUGCUGGAGACAUCCUUGAUGGCCCUGGGGGAGAUCCACAGAACAUUUUGCCAACAGAGUCUGUGUCCUCAGUCAGCAGUGACCCUGGCCUCCCCCACUGCUACUCUGGUGUUGAGCAGCCAGAAUGUGUCGUCGUUGCCUCUGAGCACCUACACUCUGGGGGAGCCUGCACCCUUGAGGUUAGGCUUCCCAUCAGCAGAAGCACUGAAGGAGCUCUUGGAUAAGCACCCAGGAGUGAACCUUCAAGUGACAGGUCUGGCUUUCAACCCUUUUGAGACUUCAGACGACAGUAACAUUGUGGGAAGCAUCGGGAAUGUGCUGUUGAGCUCUGAAUAUCAGUUGAUCCGAGUCCACGAUUUAAUAGAAGAUAUUGAGAUCGUGCUCUGGAGAAAUGCCAGCAUGGAGACUCAGCCCACGAGCCUCAACACAAGUACAGACUGUUUCACAAUCUCUGUGAAUAUCACUUCCUUGGAGAAAACCCUCAUUGUGACCAUUGAACCAGAAAGUCCCCUCCUAAUGACACUCCACCUGGGCUUCCAGGACAAGCCAGGCCACACUCACUUCUAUCUCAACAUCAGCCUGCCGAGGGGCCAGGUGUGGCAGAAAGAUGAGGAGUACACAUGGGUGCUGACACCAGAGAGCCUGUGGUAUGGCACUGGCACCUACUACAUAAUGGCUGUGGAGAAUAAAAGUGCAGAGACGGCGCAGCACACACCUGUCCUGGUCUCAGUGGUCACAGCUGUCACCCAGUGCUAUUUCUGGGACCGAUACAACAGGACAUGGAAGAGCGAUGGAUGCCAAGUGGGGCCGAAGAGCACCAUUUUAAAGACGCAGUGUCUCUGUGACCACCUGACCUUCUUCAGCAGCGACUUCUUCAUCGUGCCCAGGACGGUGGAUGUUGAAAACACCAUCAAACUUCUCCUUCAUGUGUCCAACAACCCUGUCGGCGUGUCGUUGCUGGCCAGCCUUUUAGGAUUCUAUAUCCUCUUAGCCACGUGGGCUUGGAGGAAGGAUCAAGCAGAUACGCAGAAGGUGAAGGUAACAGUCCUGGCUGACAAUGACCCCAGCUCUGCAUUCCACUACCUUAUCCAGGUCUACACUGGGUAUCGGAGGAGGGCUGCUACAACAGCCAAGGUCGUUAUCACCCUCUAUGGUUCAGAGGGGCACAGCGAGCCCCACCACCUUUGUGACCCACAGAAGACAGUUUUUGAGCGCGGAGCACUGGACGUUUUCCUUCUUUCCACUGGAUCCUGGCUGGGGGACCUGCAUGGCCUUCGUCUGUGGCAUGACAACUCCGGCAACAGCCCUUCCUGGUAUGUAAGCCAGGUGGUCGUCAGUGACAUGACCGUGAAGAAGAAAUGCCAUUUCCAGUGCAAUUGUUGGCUGGCCAUGGACUUGGGCAACUGUGAGCGUGACAGGGUGUUCACACCAGCCUCCAGAAGCGAGCUCUCUUCCUUCAGACACCUGUUCUCCUCCACGAUCGUAGAAAAGUUCACUCAGGAUUAUCUGUGGCUCUCAGUUGCAACUCGGCAUCCCUGGAACCAGUUUACAAGAGUCCAGCGGCUCUCCUGCUGCAUGACACUACUGCUCUGUGACAUGGUCAUCAAUGUUAUGUUCUGGAAGAUGGGUGGCUCCACUGCCAAGAGGGGUGAACGAUUAGGUCCACUUGCUGUGACCCUGUCAGAGCUGCUCGUCAGCAUCCAGACCUCCGUCAUCCUCUUCCCCAUCCAUCUGGUCUUUGGGCGGCUCUUCCAAUUGGUUCACCCACCAGAAGUCCUGCCCCCGCUUCCUCUCAGCCAGGCUGCCUGCCCUUCAGUUCUUGUUCGUGAGACCCCGUCUCUUACACAGGUGGUUAAGGAAUUAAAGGAAACUGUGGGAUUCCUGCUCAGGAGAAAUACACAUCUGCUCUCGGAGUGUGAACAGUCUUCCUGGAGUUCUUGUGACAUUAACACGCUAGUGAAGCUUUUAUCCGGCCUCGUUUACUCUCACUUAGAAGAUCAAGGCUGUCACCAGCAGACAGAAUCCCGCUGGGAAGACGGGGUGUCUGAAAGCCAUUCCCAUUUCUGCCGCUACCUUCUCCGUGUUCUGCAGAGCCUGAAACUGCGCUUAGGUGCUCUGGCUGCUGUCCAGGAACACCAGCCUUAUGACUUCUCAGAGGCAGUCAGCCAACUUCAAAACCUCCAGGAACUCCUGAGGACACAGACUCUUCCCAAGGAGCCAAGACCAUGCAGGCAUUCAACCAGUUUCCCCAUCCUAAACACAGAAGGAGGGAAGAAGCCUGUGCCGUUUUGCCUGUUCAGAUGGUUGAGAUACAGCUGCUGGCUCCUCCUCGGCGUCAUCAGCCUGACUUCAGCUUUUUUUAUAACGCUCUAUAGCUUGGAGUUGAGCAGAGACCAAGCCACCAGCUGGGUUAUUUCAAUGAUGCUGUCGGUACUCCAAGACAUCUUCAUCUGUCAGCCAAUAAAGGUGAUCUUCCUGACAUUGCUGUUCUCCCUGAUGGCGAACCAUAUGCCAUGGCUUACCAAAGACAAGGAACACCACGCCAGGAGAAUUGUAGCACUUUGGGCAAAGUGUCCUUCGUCGGCACCUGGCUUGAGAGACAAGAACAAUCCCAUCUACACUGCUCCAGCAAUGAACCACCUAGACAGGCGUACAAAGAAAGUCUGGAGGAAGCGGCUCUUCCUGCUGACCGCUGGCUCUCUGGUACAAAUCCUCUUCCUGACCCUGCUGAUGACUACCGUCUACUCUGCAAAGGACUCUAGCCGAUUUUUCCUCCAUCGAGCUGUCUGGAAGAGGUUUUCUCACGGCUUCUCAGAAAUCAAAGCUGUAGAGGAUUUCUACCCCUGGGCCAACCGCACCCUCCUUCCUAACCUGUACGGGGAUUACAGAGGAUUUAUCACUGACGGGAACUCCUUUCUCCUGGGCAAUGUUCUGCUUCGCCAGAUCCGAAUUCCUAAUGACACACACUCCCCAGUGUCUCUCCAUGAGCACAUGAACUCGUAUCCCCAGCAUCAGGAGGACAGAGAGAACUAUGGGGCUGGUUGGGUGCCCCCUGACACAAACAUCACAAAAGCAGACAGCAUUUGGCAUUAUCAGAGUCCGGAGUCGCUGGGAGGCUAUCCCAUCCAAGGGGAAGUGACCACUUACUCAGGAGGAGGCUAUGUUGUAAGACUUGGAAGAAACCACAGUGCUGCAACCAGGGUUCUGCAGCAUCUGGAGCAGAGGCACUGGCUGGAUCACUACACGAAAGCCCUCUUUGUGGAAUUCACGGUCUUCAAUGCUAACGUGAAUCUGCUCUGUAUGGUGACACUCAUCUUGGAAUCCAGUGGUGUGGGGACUUUCUUCACCUCCCUGCGGCUGGACAGUUUAACGUCCCUUCAGUCAUCAGAGAGAGGCUUUGCCUGGAUUAUCUCACAAGUUGCCUACUACCUACUUGUCUGUUACUAUGCCUUCGUCCAGGGCUGUCGGCUGAAGCGGCAGGGCUUGGCGUUCUUCACCAGGAGAAGAAACAUUCUGGACACAAGCAUAAUCCUCACUAGCUUCAGCAUCCUGGGGCUCAACAUGCAGAGUCUCUCUCUGCUUCAUACAAACAUGCAGCAGUACCGCCGAGACCCAGACGGAUUCAUCAGUUUCUCUGAGGCGCUGAGAGUGAACUCUGUGGCCACUCACCUCAUGGGCUUCCUGCUUCUGUUUGCAACAGUGCGGGUGUGGGACCUACUGCGACAUCAUGCCCGGUUACAGGUCAUCAACAAGACACUGACCAAGGCCUGGGAUGAGGUGCUGGGCUUCAUAAUGAUCAUCAUGAUCCUGCUGAGCAGCUACGCCAUGACCUUUAACCUGUUGUUCGGAUGGAGCAUCUCUGACUACCAGAGUUUCUUCAGCUCUGUAGUAACUGUGGUUGGCCUCUUGGUGGGAAUUCCUAAGCACAAGGAGGUUGUUGCUCUUUCCCCAGUCCUGGGCUCCUUUCUGGUUCUCAGUAACAUCAUCUUGAUGGGACUUGUCAUCAUUAAUCUUUUUGUUUCUGCCAUUCUCAUUGUCUUUGGAAAAGAAAGGAAGGCCUGUGAGAAAGAAGCUACACUGACAGAUAUGUUACUACAGAAACUCUCAAGUCUGUUAGGAAUCCGCCAGCACCAGAAACCUGCAUCUGAGAAACAUGCUGACAGCACUGGCUCCUCAAAUCUCCGGGAAAGAUCAUCAAAGUCUAUGUCCUCUGACGCCGAGGUACUGGCUCCGGCAGAUGCGGUCGGGAGUGUGUCUGGCACCGAUGGCAACUCUGGCAGUACAAAGGUGUUGUAGUUAUCCACAGGUCUGGAAGGGGGCUUUGCAGGAGCUUCUGGCUUGGGUCC